AAAAGUUUUAUUGUAAUUGUGUAUAUGUAAUACAGCCAUAAUAAAUUGGCAUUGUGUUUUUCAAAGCUUAGUUUUAAAACCGGUAUUUAAAUACAAAUUAUUUAAAAUGAGCGCCAAUGGAUUGAGAUUAAUUAAAAAACCAAAUCCUUAUCCUCUGGAGAUGAGAUGUCAAAAAUGUUUGGAAAUGGGCCACUGGAGUUAUGAAUGCAAAGGAAAACGAAAAUAUCUCCAUCGCUCUUCAAGAACAACGCAACUAAAAAAAGCCUUGAAAAAGAGAGAAGAAAAUAAAUCAGAAACAAAAAAUCCAAAAUCAAAAGAUGAAAACGCGGUGGAAAAAAUACCAGCAGCGACGAAGAAGAAAAAAAGUAAGAAAGAAUCGAGCAGCUCAAGUAGUUCCGAUUCUUCAAGCAGUGACAGCGAAAGCAGUUCAUCAGAUUCCUCCUCGGACAGCGACUCCAGCAGCAGCAGUUCCAGCAGUAGCUCUAGCAGCAGUAGCAAUAGUUCCAGUAGCAGUAGCAGCAGCAGCAGUAGCUCCAGCAGCAAUGACUCGAGCAGCAAAAAGAAGCGACGAAAAAAGAAAUAAAAUUAAUUUUUAUUUAUUUUAAAUAAUUAACAAG